AUGGGGCCAGUGGGAGCCGCCCCACCUCCCACUCUCAUAAGAGUGUCCCGGGGCCCCGCCUGGGUCAGUGUCGAGGCCACAGCAGCACCAUGACCCACCUCUCCGUGCGCCUGGCGGCUCUGAUCCUUCUGGGAGUGGCCCUAUGUGCGGCACAGCCCCGGGGCCGGAUCCUGGGCGGCCGGGAGGCCCAGUCCCACCAGCGGCCCUACAUGGCGUCGGUGCAGGUGAACGGCACACACGUGUGCGGCGGCUUCCUGGUGGCGGAGCAGUGGGUGCUGAGCGCAGCGCACUGCCUGGAGGAUGUCCCCAGGCCCAAUGAGACGGUGAAGGUGCUCCUAGGCGCGCACUCCCUGUCGCAACCCGAACCAUCCAAGCACCUGUAUGAUGUGCUCCGAGCAGUGCCCCACCCUGACAGCCGGCCGGACACCAUCGACCACGACCUCCUUCUGCUGCAGCUGUCUGAGAAUGCCACUCUGGGCCCCGAGGUGAAGCCCCUGCCCUGGCAGCACGAGGACCGCGAGGUGGCAGCUGGCACGCUCUGCGACGUGGCCGGCUGGGGCAUAGUGAGCCACACGGGCCGCCGCCCCGACCGCCUGCAAUACCUGCUCCUGCGAGUGAUGGACCGCGCCACCUGCAACCUGCGCAAGUACCACGACGGCACCAUCACUGAGCGCAUGAUGUGCGCAGAGAGCAACCGCAAGGACACCUGCAAGGGUGACUCUGGGGGCCCUCUGGUGUGCAACGGCGUGGCCGAAGGCGUGGUCACCUCAGGAUCCCGCGUGUGUGGCAAUCCCAAGAAGCCAGGCAUCUACACCCGUGUGGGGAGUUACAGGGCCUGGAUCGAGAGCAUUAUGGAUGGAGGCGUGGCCUCCUGAGGAGACCCUGAGGGGCGGGGUCACAAGCAAUAAAGUCAUUCAUUCCUGCA